CAUUUGAAUCUUUUACUGUCACUAUAAAAUUUUCAACAUUUUUUACAUAAACCCCACUGACAAAUCCAGAAAUUUCCUCACAAAUACUCCAUAAAAAUUUCCAUGUACCAAAAAGAAUGUUGACAUCAAAGUACUUCCGGAUCAACAACCGACCACUCCUGAUGCAACACCUUUUACAGCGCAACUCCUCCGCAAACUCCACUCCCUUCGCAGACUCCAACCAAAUGAAGAAACCGUCCAACUCGGACAAGUUCAGCUCUGGCCCUGGUGAUCCCAGUGUUAUGGUGGGCAGGGAUCCCUACCUGGUCAAGGUGGUGCAUGGCUGUUCCAAGGAACCGCGUCUGCCCAACGACCGCUCGAAAAGGCGCUUUGGCGAGGACAGCUGGUUUGUCAGCUCCACGCCGCUGGCCGAGGUGCUCGGAGUAGCUGACGGCGUCGGUGGAUGGCGUGAUAUGGGCGUGGACCCAGGACGCUUUGCCACUGAGCUAAUGGCCUGCUGCUCUGGGCAGGCACAGCGACCGGAGUUCGAUGGAAAGAGUCCCCGGGAACUGCUAAUUGCCAGCUACCAAGAACUAAAACGCCGCGAACAGCCAGUGGUGGGCAGCAGCACCGCCUGCCUGGUGGCUAUGCAUCGACGGGACUGCACCCUGUACACGGCCAACCUGGGCGACAGCGGUUUUCUCGUUGUACGCAAUGGAAGGAUCCUCCAUCGCUCCGAAGAGCAAACGCAUGCCUUCAACACGCCCUUUCAGCUGACGGUGCCGCCUGGUGGUGGACAAGAUUACUCUCUCUACUGCGACCGCCCAGAGAUGGCCGUGUCCACACGCCUCACCCUGCAACCGCAUGAUCUGGUUAUCUUGGCCACCGACGGCCUCUUUGACAAUAUGCCCGAUAGCAUGCUCCUCCAGAUGCUCAAAGGAAUCCGUGGAGACUCUGAAAGGGAUCUACAGGCGAGUGCCAGUCGGCUGGUAGAAAAGGCCCGAGAGCUCUCGCUGAAUGCCAACUUUCAGUCUCCUUUCGCCAUCAGGGCUAGGGAAAACAAUAUUCCUUAUGCCUGUGGCGGAAAACCGGAUGAUAUUACCCUCAUCCUGGCCAGCGUCGAGGUGCCAUAGGUGUUGAGGUGUCGUCGGCAAAUAUUAUACCAUGUUUAUUAAAAAAUAUAUAGAUA